CAUAAAACCGUUGGGAAAGCAGGGAAAAAAUAGUUCAGAACCGAACUCCCACUCUGCAAGAAGCCAUACGCCCUCUGGCCAGAGCGUCUCCACCGUGCAGAAUUCAACACCCUCUCAGGAUCGAAGCGGAUGAUUCAAAGCGUAUAUGGAACAUCACCAUCGCCGGCGUCGCCAUGCAUCCCGUCGGAGCCUGCCCUGUUCGCUGCCGGAGCUUUCUCAACCUUCUUGCCGCAAGUCAUUGCAUAUGCAGGGGGCCCCUGCUUUCUUCCCCGGCGAGGCAGUUCGUCAGGAGGUACACGACCCGGAUUCGGAUUCCCAGGGCUCUGAGCUCGCUUCCGACACCGACCCGAGAUCCCGACAUCCGUGACCGCAACGUGAUGAUCAAGACGCUGGGUCGCGGGGGCAGAGUCCAGGAAGCGAGGAAGGUGUUCGACGAUAUGCCUCACCGGGACGCUUUCUCUUAUUCGUCCAUGAUCAAGGCGUACCUCAAGGACAAUGAUCUUCCCAAGGCCGAGCGGCUCUUCCGGGAAAUGCCCGGGAGAAAUGUGGGAGUCGACUCGGCGAUGAUAGACGGGUACGCGAAGGCUGGCCGUCUGGGUGAUGCCCAGAAGGUUUUCGACGAAAUGACGGAGCGGAAUGUGUACUCGUGGACUAGUUUGGUUUCCGGGUACUUUAGGAGCGGGCAGGUUGACAAGGGUCUCGCGCUUUUCGAACAAAUGCCGGAUAGGAAUGUGGUCUCUUGGACUACUGUUGUUCAAGGCUAUGCUUGCAAUGGCUUGAUCGAUGAAGCUCGUAGAACUUUCGAUCUGAUGCCUGAGAAGAACGUUGUUGCUUGGACGGUGAUGAUCAAGUCUUACGUUGAGAAUGGUCGAUUGGAUGAUGCGGAGCAGCUCUUCAGGGAAAUGCCGCAGAAGAAUACAUACUCUUGGAAUGUCAUGAUUCAGGGUUUGAUGGAUGGCAAUAGGGUUACUGAAGCCAUCCAGAUGUUUAAUACGAUGCCUCAGAGAAAUGAGGUUUCUUGGACUAUUAUGGUCACUGGUCUAGCACGGAAUGGAAUGACUGAACAUGCAAGGGAAUAUUUCGACAAAAUGCCUAAUAAAGAUAUUGCUUCAUGGAAUGCUAUGGUCACGGCGUACAUUGAUGGAGGGCUUAUGCUUGAAGCUAAUGAAAUUUUCAGCUCAAUGCCGCAAAGGAAUAUAGUCACCUGGAAUGCCAUGAUUGAUGGUUACGCAAGACAUGGCCCAGAAGGUGAAGCCUUACGCCUCCUCAUUCACAUGUGGCGGUCUGCAUUUAGGCCAAAUGAGACGACUAUCAGUAGUGCCUUAACCUCAUGUGAAGGCACAUUAGAAGUCAUGCAAGCUCAUGCACUAGUUAUAAAUCUCGGGUUUGAGAAUGAAACACCACUUGCUAACGCUCUUGUUACCAUGUAUUCAAGAAAUGGGGAUCUUUUCUCUGCUAGGUUAGUCUUCGAGAAUCUUGAGUCUAAAGAUGUUGUCUCAUGGACUGCAAUGAUAUUAUCUUAUGCAAAUCAUGGAUAUGGUCAGCAUGCAUUGCAUGUGUUUGCACGCAUGCUAAGGGCAGGAGCCACACCAGACAAGAUCACAUUUGUAGGGGUUUUAUCAGCUUGUAGUCAUGCCGGCAUGGUCAAGAAAGGUCGGAUGCUUUUUAACUCGAUGGUCGCUGCAUAUGCUUUAGAACCAAAAGCGGAGCAUUACUGUUGCCUUGUGGAUAUGCUAGGUCGGGCAGGACAAGUAGAAGAGGCUUUGGAGGUUUUCAGCAAUAUGCCUCAGUGCGAACAAGACGGUGCUGUCAUGGGCGCACUCCUUGGCGCUUGCAGGUUUCAUGGAUACGAUAGUCUAGCAAAUCUCCUCGGGGAGAAGCUAAUAGAGCUAGAGCCUGAUGGCGGGGCUUAUGUGCUAUGGGCUAAUGCAUUUGCUGCAAGUGGCAAGUGGAGUGAAUUCGCACGAGUGAGGAAGAAAAUGAAGGAACAGAACGUGAGGAAAGUUCCGGGCUUCAGUCAAAUAGAAGUGAAUGGGAAAAGCCACGUUUUCUUUGCCGGGGACAGAUCACAUCCAGAGAUGGAGAGAGUCUACAGAUUGCUCCAGGAUAAGCUCAUGCCCCUAAUGCUUGAAAUGGCUUCCACGAAAGAGAACCGACCCGUGACAGUAUAGCUCAUAAAGAACCAUAUACAAGUUAUCAAUGCAUCUGAGUGUGAGACGUUUUUUUGCACAGAGCUUCAGAUUCAGUUCAUUCGUGUAGGCUGUGGAUAUUCCGGAGAGCGAAAGGUUUCUCUGUACCCAAAUUACAGUCUUUGCAGGGGUAAUGUGCAGGUCGAGCGACAUGCUUUGAACCCUUUGAUUUUUCUGAUCAAAUCUUACUUGCUGACACCGUGUUUGUCCGGAA